AGUGUGAAACGUCCGCCGAGAUCUAUAAAGUCCUGCAAAAUAUCCCCUGCAUAACUCAGCACAAAUAGUAGACACGGAAUUUAGUGGCGGUGACCACCCAAAACAGUGCCAUUUUUAGACGUUUACUGCUGACGUUUACAGAGGCUUCAAAUAGCUUCCGUUUUACACUGGUAGUGAUUGGACUGCUCUGUACUUACCCAGUGAGCUAACAUAUUGGUUGAACAAGUCCGACAUUCUACACUUCAAUGGAGGAACAGCCCAAAGAUCGGGCACAAGAAAGACAAUAUCACCACCACGGAGAGGACAGACACUCUAUUCAACAUACAACUUGUCCAAAAAAUGAUCAGAGCCACUUCCAGCGCCAGCAUCAGGAAACGCAGACGAAGAAAACAGGUUGGGCCAUCCGGAAAAGCAAUAAAAAAGUAAACAUCAGUGAGGAGGAGGGGGAGAAGAAUCCACAUCUGUCUGAUACUGUUGGUAUGUCGUAUUCCCCCAACAGCAAUGGUAACAGACAUGCAAGUAACACAAAUGUGAAGCAGAAGUCAACGCAAAAGCUGUACACGACUGUUCCAAAAGUGAGCAGCAAAGGCUUGGACUAUAAGAAGAGUAUGGACCUUAAAAAUGACAAGGAAAAGGCUCUGGAUUUGAAUCAUCAUGAGGGCCAGCCUUUGGAUAAGAAAGACUCUCUAUUGCUUCAAAAUGGCGUUGUAAACUGUGGCUUAAUUACAAAUGGCUAUUCUAGCAAGGACAAUGACGGUAGCGGUUCCGAAGGUGGAUAUACUACUCCGAAGAAACGCAAGGCCAGAUGUAACAACACCAAGAACAAUGAUAAUGUGAUAAGAGAAAAGGAGAAAGACAUGCAGCAGGGCAACACUACACAAGAGCAUGGGGCUUUUAAUCUUGAGACAACUGAGAAGGGAUUGACUUCUAGACUUGAUGGCUUUAGAGCCGCCCAUAAAGUAGAAGCUCAGUCAGCAGCUAGACGGGCUGUUGCAUCAGAAGCUUCAAUGGGUGAAUCUCAGAGGAAAAACUCUGAUGGUAAAACAGUUGGCACCUUUGGUAAAAAGACUGAGGAAAGGCACAAAGCCAAGCUUUCCUCACCUUCAAAAGAGGACUCGUGGACUUUGUUUAAGCCCCCUCCAGUAUUUCCUGUGGACAAUAGCAGUGCAAAAAUUGUUCCCAAGAUCAGUUAUGCAAGUAAAGUAAAAGAGAACCUCAACAAAGUAGCUCAAGGUGGAGGAGAAUCACUGCCUCCUCCUGUUAGACUGUCACAGGUCCCUAUGUCUGCUAUGAAAACUAUCACCUCAGCUAGCUUUACUAAUGGCCCUGUUUCUGGAAACGGAAAUGGCUGCCCAUCAGUGGGUACCUUCUUUGCUCCUGCUGCUAGUAGUAUUCCACCAGCCCCAUCUAUCCCAAGUGGCGAGAAUGUAGCAUCACCUUUGGAAAGUAACUGUAGCUCUACAACCAGUCCUGUAGAUGGAGAAGCAUAUGAGCUUGGAAAGUAUACUCUUGUAAUUUACCCUUUAAAUAUGCAACCUGUGCUCCCUAGUGCUCGUCACCUUGACCCACCGGCUGCUCAGACAAAUCAGAAAGCCUUGGGAGAUAUCUUCCAGAAUCAGUGGGGGCUUUCCUUCAUCAAUGAGCCUAACUUGGGGCCAGAAGGAGGAGGUGGCCAGGUGCCUGCAGAGGACAAGACUACUGUGGUCACACCUCAAAGCGAGUGUCAGGCUGCCGCAGCCAAGGUUGCCCAGCCCUGCUUUGAUGUUAGCCCAUCAUUCUUAGAGCCGGGCACUUUGACUCAAGACCCUGAGAAAAGGACUUGUGCCCCUUGCAAUGUGUCUAACGCUUGUUCUCCUACUUGUGGGAUGAGUGAGGAGGAGAACAAGCUGCAGCCAUGUGGCCAGGAAAAGACAAAAGUUGAGGCAAAGGGUGCAGGUUCUGCUGUGUCGGCCCCCAGUAAAGACAACGGUGCUAAGCCUGCACAGGGCCAGCUAACCACUGUGUUGUUUGGCUCAUCUAAACAACAGGCCCACUCUAAAGACAUUGGCAGAAGGUGUAGCUGGGGGUCCUUUGAUAUUAAAGCUGCUGUCACUUAUCACACUAAAGAAAUGGAAUUCAUUUUCAACUUGCAAAAACAAGAUCCAAAAAGAGUAGUGGUUUAUGAUGAGACCAAGGAUGGACCUGAUCAGUGAGGUAGAUGGUCUACAGUACUUACCUUCUUCUCUCCUGGGUGCUGCGAUUAUCUACCUUGGAAAUCCUAAAUCCUGUUGGACAGAUAAAGUGACAACUGUGAAAACAUUGAUAGUUUAGCAUGACAGAUUUUCCUUGGAAUCUCCGGUGGAAAAACAGAUUUCUUUGGGGGCAUCAGACAAACAAACACACACGCACGCACGCAUACAUACAGACUUACACAAACACACACACACUGGAGGGACGUUAAAGGAGUUGAUCGGUGCCUCUCCAACACGAUAAAUGGAACUUUGGAGCUGUGAUAGUUGUUUGUCUCAUGGCUCUCUAAGGAUGAUGUUCGGGAGUUCAACAAAGGAAGGUGUCAUGGAUUGCACCUCCCUAAGCCUUUAUCCUGUUGAACUGCGGCAGCCGUCAGUCUGACUAUGGGAUGCCUCAGUCGUUUUCUUUCUUCACGCAUUCAAAUGAGUUCAUUGUAGAUAUGUUAGACGUUAUACAUACACAUCCGUGUGCAAGCUUGAAUUCAUCGUGGAAGAAAGGAGAACACACUUUGCAAAGAAUGCCUUGAAGUUGUGGAGUUAAGAUCUUUGGAGUUAAAACUGUAAAGUUAAGUGGAAGCUCAUAGGUGAGGCCCCAACCAGGAACGGAGAACCUUGUCUUAAGUCCUUUUGGGGGAAAAAUCAGAGCCCAGAAAUAAUACGCUUGCUUUCUUUCUUUUAUACUGUUCGGUCUGCCCUAACAUGAUUAGUGUUAACCGCACUGCAGAAUGACCCCAGAGCACAGGUACAGAAGUGCCCAAUCUGAAGGAAAGCUACGCCCCUUCAUUUCAUUGUUCAAUACAGGUGUGCUAAAGAUUUUAAAAUCAGGUCUCCGUUAAAGGUAAAAUCUUUUCAUCUUAAAGCUUUUCAUACAUUUCAUGCAGAUUGUUGUGAGGUCACACAGAUGUUUCUUAAAUUCAGAUUCAUAUCUAACAUAUGAAUCCUGACUUAAGGAAUUAACUGAGCGACAAAUUGUUAAGCAAAAGGCAUUGCUACCAUUAAGGUCUUCUGCCUUCUGUGUUUUUUUUGUUCAGCAGCAAGACUCAGGAUGUCCAUUCAGAUUAGUUUGCUUGGAUUUCUUUCUGUGUAAAAACUGUUCAGUUCCUCUCGUUAAAGGAACAGCGUUGCAUUUUAUGACUUGUUUUCCCCUGACUCAGCAUUUGGUCUUUACUUUUUCUGUCUUAUGGCAUUGUAUUUCUUGCAUGUUUACUGGUGCAAAUGAACAAGUCAGAGGUCACUGUUCAUCGCCAUACAAAGAUAACGGCAACACAACAACAAUUGCAAUACUAAUCUAGGUUUCCCCGACUAGCCACUUUGUCAAACUGUGUUGAAAUGUGAAGAUGAGUUGUACUUUUAUGUUUUUAACUGUUAACAUUUUACAUUUUGCAAACCAGUGUGCAAUAACACCGUGUGAUCCAUACGAUGUGUGAAAUGGGUUAUAUGGAGCUACAAAAUCAUCACCCCAAGAUGCUGGUGUGGUUUGUUUUAAAACGUUUAAGGUGCGUUGUCAGUUUGUUGCACAAAUUCUUAAGUGAUUUUUUUUGCUAAAGAGCUCACGCUGAAAGAUCGAAUUAUGAAGUCUAGGGAGCCCAAAUUUGCUAACUGUUAACUGGCCAGCUGUGACAUCACUUUCAUCACCAUCUCCAAAUCAGGAUUGGUUUAUUCAGCAUAAGGAAGGAACUGUGCAGGUUUCUUUUCACUAGAAGAUAUGAUUUGGUUAAUGUGUGGAUUAAUAGCACUUUAUGUAAACUAAUUGCUUUUAUCUUUUAAUUACUAGAGAGAUCUAUAUGUACUGACGAGAAAUACUCCUUGAAAGAAUGGCUCUGGGCUGUUACUUUUCAGUAAAAAAAAAAAAAAACAAGUUGAUAAAUACAGAAUUAUUAAAUGUAUCUCAGGUAGUGUUGAUAAAGCCAUGACUAUGUUAGAUAUUGUUUCUGCCAAAUGGCCCCUGUCAUGUAACGUUCUCAAAUUGGAAAUGUUGAAUUGGAGUCCUAUUAUAUAGAGUCUCAUAUGAUGUUGUGACAAAACACCAAAUAAUUACUUUGGAGGAAAGCUGUCAUGGCAUGCAAGGUGCUGUCAUUGUCAUUUUGGGCUCUAAAAAUACACAUUUUCCAGUUUAUUUUCCCCCUUUUAAAAAUAAGCACAUUGCUCCAUGCGCUGUUUUCUGUCUUUACUAGACUGUAAUCUUGCAAUCUUUGAUGGUUCAUUUUCUCCCUCGUGCAUUUAUAGUGAAGCGCCUCUUGAUUUAUUAUUGCUGAACAUCAGUGGUGUUUCUGUUGGGUAGCUACAAUCUGGGUAUGAGUUUUUCGAGUACACUUCUCUCCACUGUGUCCUGAUUAGGCAUCGCCGCAGCUCGUACUCAUGUGUGGAGUGGGAGAGUUGUAACUGCGGCCAGUUGUCUUGACAUUUAACUUCCACGUUCUAAUCUCAGUCAGCUCUCUGGUAUUUAAAACGCUUUGUUUUAGGCUUCCAUUGUACAGCAUGUGAUGGAUGAGUGUAUCAUCAGAUGCUGCCCUCUGACUAAGAACCAUUGUGUUGGAUCUGGUGUAUGAGGAAGCAAGGGCAUUUGAGGAGAUAUUACCCAUUAGCAUUUAGACUUUUAUGUUUUUACUGUGCUUGCGGAAAUUGACAUUUAAUCUGGCAUGAAGUUACACAAAACUCACAAUGUAAUUUCCUCUGAUUGCCCAUAAUUCAUACACAGAGCGACAUAAUCAGGUUUCCAUGCGGCGAAUGCCAAAUUCUUCAGACUGAAAUCAUUUUCUGCGGACAGUGAUGCAUCUAUAGGCUUCUAAAUGUAAAACAGGGUGAUCAAAAUGAGUAGUAUGUGAUGUUACUGUAGUCUUACGACCUUUUUCUUUAAAAUAUUUUUUGUCUUGCUUUUCUGAGAGGAUGGUCCUGUACAGGGAAAUCAGAGAAUCCUCCCACCCCAAGGCUCCUCUGUUUUUAAGCACUUAAAUACAGCAAAAAGGCUAUGUUGAAUAUGCAUUUAUAAAGGUAGAACUAUUAUUUAGCAUUGUAGCCUGCAAACCAAAAACAGGUUCUUGAAGCUGAGUAGAUGGUUAAUCAGUGAUGUGGGGAGGGGGGAUUUGAGUGACUGACUGUUGGUGCGUUGAGAAAGAAAAGCCUGAUCACGUGGAGUUUUAUAUCUCCACCCCCUCAGGAUGUGCAAUCACCUCAAGGAUGCUGAUGCAGGCUUCCAGGUUGUGAGUGACGAGUUCGGCCUCGUUGUUUUGUGGGUGUGUGCAUAGCGAGUUCUUCCUAUUAUAUGCAAGUUCCUUGUAUAUUUCAAAAUCCCCCCCUCCUCCAACCUCCUCCUUGUUGUUUCAUGUUCAGGUGCCUGUGUGAAAAAAAUUAUACUUUACAGCAAUUUUGAUUGUUUAAAAUCUGCUUCCAGCAUAUAUCCGUGCCAUUUUUUUGUUUCUUUUUUUUUUUUUUUUUUUUUUU